UUGACGACUAGAGAGGAAGGUAUUUUCGACAUGAAUUUGGGUAAUGGGGAUGGGGAUGCGACUGCCGGAGAGCUCCUCCUAGCUCAAGCCCACAUAUGGAACCACAUGUUUAGCUUCAUCAACUCAAUGUGCCUUAAGUGUGCCGUUCAACUAGCCAUACCUGAUCUAAUCCACAACCAUGGCCGACCCAUGACCCUCCUCGACCUCGUCUCCGCGCUCCAUAUCCAACCCACCAAAGCUCAUUUUGUCCGUCGCCUCAUGCGUAUCCUUGUCCACUCUGGCUUCUUCGAACUAAAGGACCUUGAAGAAGCGGAUGGCCAAACCGGAUAUGCCCUCACCGGCGCGUCCAGGCUUCUCGUAAAGAACAACCCCUUGACCGUAGCACCCUUUGUGCUCCCUUCGCUCGGGGCUCGCUGCGUGGAGUCUUGGCAGCAUUUGAGCGCAUGGUUGGGGGACAAAGAAGAUGUCGCAUCUACGUUCGAGCUGGCGCAUGGUGUACCCGGGUGGGAGAUCCUAAAUCGCAAUCCCGAGGUCAGCGGCCUGUUUCACGAGGCGAUGGAGAGCGACUCGAGACUGAUGGCGAAGCUGGUGGUGGAUACACGUGGCGGAGUGUUUGACGGGCUGAGCACUGUGGUCGACGUGGGAGGUGGGACAGGGACGAUGGGUAAGGCCCUCACGGACGCGUUCCAGCACUUGAAAUGCACGGUGCUUGAUCUGCCGCACGUGGUGGAUGGUUUGGUCGGAAGUGAGAGGUUGAAAUUUGUUGGCGGUGACAUGUUUGUGGAGAUUCCCCCGGCGGAUGCAAUCUUACUCAAGUGGAUAUUGCAUGACUGGAGCGACGAAAAAUGCAUCGACAUUCUGAAGCGAAGCAAAGAGGCGGUGGCCGGUCGACGCAAGGUCGGAAAAGUGAUUAUGAUAGAAAUAGUAGUAGGGAAUCAGCCAGAAGAUCAUAGAUCGACCGAAACACAACUCUUCUUUGACAUGAUGAUGAUGGUGAACAUCAAUGGGAAAGAAAGGAGCGAAAAGGAAUGGGAAAAGCUAUUUGUGGACGCUGGCUUUAGUGAUUAUAGGAUAAUCUCUCGCUUGGGCCUUCGAUCCCUUAUUGAGAUUUAUCCUUGAUUACCUUUCUGCUUAAUUAAUUAGAUUGGCUAUUUCUUGUUCUACUUUUGCUAUUAGUUAAUGUUUGGUGUGAAAUCUCCUCGUUUUGAGUUGUAAUGGAAGUUAUGCUGAUGUUAUAAUUUUGGUGUA